AAAAAUUAAUAUGAUAUUUUGUCUAUACGACAAAAAGAACAGAAGAAACGCGGGGAUCGUAUUUUCAAAUGGCAAUGGCAAAAAGAGAAGAGUGUCAAGGGGCGCUUAUUGAAGAAGGAGACAGUCCGAAACUAAGAACGUACAAAAGACGCUGGUUUAUUUUGUCGAUGUACAUGAUCUACAACGCCCUUGGGUCGUUUCAGUGGAUUUGUUAUUCUAGCAUUACCAAUCUAGUGGUGGAGUACUAUGGUGUUAACAGCAUGGUGGUGGAUUGGACGUCUAUAGCGUACAACGCUAUUUAUCCGUUACUAGUGGUGCCGGCUUCCUAUAUUAUCGACAAACAGGGGCUUAGAGCAGCUGGCGUUCUAGGAUGCUGCCUGACCUUUUUGGGAACUAGCCUAAAACUGUUUUCUUUCCAUCGUGAUAGAUUUUACGUAAUAGUAAUCGGACAAAUCAUUCUCGCCAUCUCGAAUGUUCUUGUUGCCUGUCUCCCUUCAAAGUUAGCUGCUGUUUGGUUCAGCACUAGAGAAGUAACAAUAGCAUGCUCUCUCGGAGUAUUUGGAUCCCAAAUUGGGGUAGCUUUGGGAUACAUUUUUCCUUCGGUGAUAGUAAAUAACCAUGACAGUCCUGAAACGAUAGGUGAAGGAUUAAGAAACUUAAGUUGGUUGCUAGUUUUAAUAGCAACACCAGUGACCACUGCCGUUCUAUGUUAUUUUCCUAACGAACCUCCAGUACCUCCUAGUUUAGUACAAGCCAAAAUCCGAGACUCCAAAGAAGAUUUCCAAAACAAGGUUUUCUUCAGUUCGCUGAAAGACUUAUUUUUAAACAAACCGUUCGUGAUACUCAUGGUCGCUUAUGGUAUUAACAUUGGCGUUUAUUCAGCCGUAUCUACACUUUUAAGCCAGUUCAUCCUUCAGUAUUUCGAGGAUGCUGACACCGAUGUUGGUAGGAUGGGUUUCUGUAUGGUCCUGGCAGGAUUGGGUGGUGCGAUUGGAUUUAGCAUUGUGCUAGACAGAACUCUCAAGUUUAAAGCAAUAACUAUAGUCAUAUACAUGUUCUCGAUCAUCAGUGUCGUGUUUUUCAUGUACGCUCUAGAAUCCAGGAUCAAAUGGCUGACGUAUUUAAGCUGCGCUUCUGUGGGAUUGUUUACCACAGCUUUCAUGCCAGUAGGUUUCGAAUUCGCAAUGGAAAUGACAUAUCCAGCCGAAGAGAGCACCACUUCUGGUAUUCUGAUGGCGAUGACACAAGUCUUGGGUGUAGUAUUCACCAUUUCAUUAGGCGUUCUAAACAAAAAUCUUGGAUGCUUUUGGGCCUUAGCUAGUCAAGCGUUUCUUUUAUUAAUAGGAGCAUUAGUUAACUUAUUCGUUCCUAGCAACGUAUUGCUACGACAAGAUGCUCUCAACCAAAUAAAUUACGGAUCGAAGAGAUUAGAUCACCAUAGGUCUUCAAGAUUAGUUUAUAUACAAUAGAAGUUGUUGACAUAUUCUGGAGAGAUCUGAUAAGCCGAGAUUUUAGUAUCAAAGCCACAUGCUUAGUAUGACUCUAUAAAUUACAUGUCCUCAUGUUUUCACUUUUUCUUCAUAACUUAAUUUUUUAAUGCCUUUUUUAUACUAAUUUCAUUGUUUUUAUAACGAAGUCAUGUCUGGUAUCUUGUGCCCCGCAUGCCAAUGACGGAUUAUUUCUUGGAUUCUUUUUUUAUUUUAUAAUUGAAUGUCUUAUCUUAUCUUAAAAAGAGAAAAACACUAACACAAAGGAACAAGGAGAAAUAGAAAAUGAGAGAGAAGAGAAGAGGCACAAAUCCAAAAAAGAAUAACGUCACCAUCAUCAGCAUCGCCAUUACCGUACGCGUACACUGCUCGACAUAGGUCUCACUCAGCCCAUUCCAUUUGUCUUUGUAUUAUAUGGCUUGCAUCCAUUUACUGCUAAUGCGCUUCAAGUCGUCAUUCCAUCUAAUUGGUGGGCGUCCCCUUCUUAUCUUGGUUUGCACUCGACAACACCCAACAUCUGGUGCUCUAUAACUCGCUAAGUCAAACGAAUCUUAUUAACUACCUUUUUUGUGAGAUAUGUUUCCCUUUAUAAGUGAAUACAGGUAACAUACAUAUAAGGACGAUGUCACCUGCGAAUCGCAAAUGACUGAGCUUCACUCCAUUUAUGUUGAUACUAUAACUAUACUCGUUCUUAUAAGUAUGUUCUAAAAGGAUUGAGAAUAGCUUUAGAUAAACGGUGUCGUCUUACCGUACUCCUCGCUGUAUAUAGAAUUUAUUUGUUUCUUGUUCAGAUAGUCUUACUCUAGUUGUGGCAUUGUGGUAGAUAUAUUUGAUUAUAUUAGUGUAGCAAUGAUCUACAGCAUUAUGUCAAUGCUUUUAAUAUUUUGUUUCGGUUUAUGGUAUUGAAUUCUUUCUCGUAGUCCACGAAUAUCGGUGCUAAUGGUUUGUUGUAUUCUGCAGAGUUCUACAUCAGGUUCUUAAAAAUAAUAAUGAAGGAAAGCAAAUUCUAUUUCUUGCUGACCCACACCUAUUAAAAUCUAUAAAACAUCAUUACACCAUCCUAGUCAUUACAGUUCUAAAUAGUAACAUGCGAAAUAGAUGAUUAAAGGCACAUCAUAGAAAAAAUUAAUUAGUGAAGUAGCAAUAAAUGCAUUAUGAGGGUUAUAUCUUGUAAAUUAAUCGAAGCAGGAUAGCAAAUUUUGGAGUUUCAUUAAAAAAAAGAUAAUGCAAAAUGGAAAUCUUACAAAAAAACUUUUUUACAAUAUUUCCCAAAGUAAAUAAGGUUAAAGUAUUGGUGGUUUAGAUAAAAGAGUUCCUUAACAACAGAUCUGCGUUUGAAUUUGAUGUUAUUUGGAUGGAAACUUAUAAGUUAUUACCAAUUUGGUAAAUGGAGAUAGGUUGCGAAGUAAACAAAGACCAACAAUCUGAAUAAGGGGCAAUUGUCUAAUAGAAUAACAUGACUAGUGAUAAUAUUUAUUUCUGGACCAAAAGGGAUAUAUCAGACAAUUUUAAGUUAUUCUAUGAAAAUCCAUCUCAUUGCUAACCUACUCUUGUCAAUUUAUGCAGACAAUUUUGUAGUCCUAACCAAAUAUUAAACAUAAUAAUAAAUGAAUAAAAGCCGCCAUGGUAACCUGAUUUUCAAAUUGCGAAGAUCUUUGGCAACAUGUUAUUUAGAGAUUUAAAGAAUUUGGAUGUAAGUACAUAAGCUGUCCAUCGAUCGACAAAGUUGCUAAAAAUUUUCCUAUUUUUUAAUUGCUGUACAAUUUUUUACUAGAUGUUUGUUUCCGUUUUGUUAUACAAUAAUUAAUCUGCAAACUUCCUGGUUUAUUGUUGUUCAAUAAAUUGUUGUUAAUAACUGAGUUAAAAAUAUAUAUUAUAUUUUGAAAUAUGUUAUGUUUUGAAUAACAAGUUACUUGUAAGAUUUAUUAACAACUUAGCUUAAGAUUUACAAUUUAGGAUUAAUUUAUUUUGUAUAAAAUUGUUUUU